CGGAGAGUCACUAGAACAACAUGUUCGUUGUGUCUUAUCUCAAAACCAACAAAAUAAACCCAACAAUCAAUUUCGAUCCACCAACCCAAAAUUCUUAAACUCUCCCCUAAGUUUCUUGUAUUCAAAUUCCCCUUUUUCUUCAAUACCCUUUUGAUUUUCAAUUGUCUAAACUUUGCUUUUCCUUCCAUUUUUAAUUAUUAUUUUUUUUUUCGGUUUUUAGCAUCUGGAUUUUGUCAGUUUUUUUUCCUUUUUCUUUUUAUAAUCGCAGUGUCUGAACCAGUUCGACUAAUUCCACGGGAUACCUGCAACAGGUAUUAGAAUUUUUGCCAGUUUUUAGCAUUUGGGUUUUGUGAUUUUGAAUUGAAAUUUGAGUUUUUGUCAGUUUUCAGCAUUUGGUUCUGCCAUUUUGAUUGAAUUGCCUUAUCGCAAAAACUGUUAUUACCUGUUGAUAUUUAACCUCGUUAUCUUAUUUUCUUGUUGUUUCUGCUUCCACUUUUUCAUUCUUCGUUCAGCCCCGAGGGUCUAUUGGAAACAACCUCAGUACGUUCUUUAAGAAAACAUGAUGAGCUUCAAGGACUGGGUACUGUCACAGUUAAUAACGAAGUCGGUAGCCUCAUCAAGACCACUUUUAGCAUCAGAUAACUUCUUGACAGAGGAACAUCCUGAUCAAGAGUUUGAUCGCCCAGCUCACACUGCUGAUUUGGUUACAACAACUACAUUACCCAAUCCAAUCCAAUCUUCCAAUGGUGAUCAGGAGAAUACAAAUAAUUUCCACUCACAACAAUGGACAGGCGAAGAUUCUUUUCAGUCGGAUUUUAGGGUUGAUGAGAAGCCUAGUCCAGUGGUAAAGAUUGAAGCCCUUCAGAUUAAGUUCUUGCGCCUUCUUAAACGUUUUGGCGUGUCCGAGGACAACCUUUUGGUAUCAAAGGUCUUAUACCGGAUCCAGCUGGCAUCACUGAUACGGGCAAGAGAAUCAGAUUUAAAAAGGGCAAAUCUUAAAAUGGAGAGAGCUCGUGUAAUAGCAGCAGAACAUGAAGCUGCUGGCCUACCACAAUUGGAUUUCUCAUUUAAGAUCCUUGUACUGGGUAGAACUGGAGUUGGCAAGAGUUCAACUAUAAAUUCCAUUUUUGACCAAUCAAGAGCAACAACCAACGCAUUCAAGCCUGCUACUGACCAUAUUCAAGAGAUUGUGGGACUGGUAAAUGGCAUCAGAGUAUCGUUUAUUGACACUCCUGGUUUAUUGCCUCCCUCACCCAGUAAUGUCCGGAAAAACAAGAAGAUCUUGCAUUCCGUGAAACGAUUUUUAAGGAAACAAACGCCUGAUAUGGUACUGUAUUUUGAGCGCCUGGAUUUGAUCAACACGGGCUACAGUGAUUUUCCCUUGUUGAAGCUUAUAACAGAAGUAUUUAGUCCUGCAAUUUGGUUUAACACCAUCCUUGUCAUGACUCAUUCUUCCUUUAAUCUUCGCGAAGGAACAAAUGGAUAUCCUGUUAACUAUGAAUCUUUUGUCGCCACCUGCACAGAUUUGGUGCAACAUUAUAUUCACCAGGCAGUCUCUGACACAAAGCUCAAAAAUCCAGUGAUUUUGGUGGAGAAUGAUCCCAAUUGUAAGACCAAUAACGCUGGAGAGAAAAUUCUUCCUAAUGGGCAAGUGUGGAAAUCUCAGUUAUUGUUGCUGUGCAUAUGCACCAAAGUUCUAAGUGAUGUUAAUACCCUAUUGGAGUUCGAAGACAGUCUAAAGGUCGGACCAUCAAAUGUAGGCCGAUUACCUUCUCUUCCACAUCUUCUCUCAUCCUUUUUAAAGCAUCGUGCUCAGAUAAGAAAUGCCGGAGCUGAGAAUGAAAUUGAUCAGGUUUCUCUUUUAGACUCGGAUGAUGAAGACAACGAAUAUGAUCAGUUACCUCCUAUUCGGAUACUGACCAAGUCUCAGUUUGAAAGGUUGAGUGGUCCCCAAAAGAAGGAUUAUCUUGACGAAUUAGACUACCGGGAAACCCUCUAUUUGAAAAAACAACUGAUAGAGGAAGCUCGUAGACAAAGAGAAAAGAGAAUUUCUUCGACUGAGGGUAAAGCCCCAGAUGAUGAGUCGCAGGAAGUCCCACCAGAGCCAGUUCUGCUGCCAGAUAUGGCUAUUCCUCCAAGCUUCGAUUCAGAUUGCCCUACUCACAGAUACAGAUGUCUCAUCACGAGUGAACAAUGGCUUGCAAGACCAGUCCUUGAUCCCAAUGGUUGGGACCAUGAUGUGAGCUUUGAUGGCAUUAACCUUGAGAGCAGUGCAGAAAUAAGAAAAAACAUCUUUGCAUCGGUUAAUGGACAAAUGAGCAAGGACAAACAAGACUUGAGUAUUCAAUCCGAGUUUGGUGCAGCUUUUACCCAUCCAGGCCGGCCCACUUACAUUGUAGGUGUUGACGUUCAAUCUGCCAAUAAAGAGCUGAUCUGUACUAUUCACAGUAACGCAAAGGUAAGAACUUUAAGAACUAAUGUCACAGAGUGUGGUAUUUCUGUUAUACCGUUCGGGGAUAAGUGUUUUCUUGGUGCCAAGUGUGAAGAUAGUUUUUCAAUUGGAAAGAGACUGAAAUUUAAUGUGAACGCUGGUCGGAUGGGUGGUGAUGGGCAAGCAGCUUAUGGCGGAAGCUUUGCAGCUACUUUAAGAGGUAGGGAUUAUCCAGUGAGAGAUGAAAGUCUGAGUCUCUCGAUGACAGUUCUCUCUUUUAACAAAGAAACAGUAUUGAGCGGAAACUUGCAAACUGACUUCAGAGUGAGCCGAGGUACAAACAUGUCGGUCAGCGCAAACCUUAAUAACCGGAAGAUGGGUAAAGUUUCCAUCAAGACAAGCAGCUCUGAGCGCAUGGAAAUAGCUUUUAUCGCACUUUUCUCCAUUGCGAGAGCCCUUCUGCGCAGAAAGAGAAAUGACCAACUUAUUGAAGACUCCGUGGAAGCGCGAUGAAUAUUGUUUCCUUUCAAUUCAAAGGGACCUCUGAAUUUUUCUGUAGGAGAGGUACUUUACGACAUCGACCAAGAAAUUACGUAUCAUGGUAUUUCGAGCGAAGGUUGCUGUGUUUUCGUUGUCGCUGGAUUAGUUUUAUCAAAUCCAUGAUAGGUGAAAAGACACUUAUUGGUGUCAUGAGAUGGCUGUAGUUUUGUAUGAGUUAUAAUUGUAUAGUAGAGUGACUUAGAAUAGCAUACAAAAGUUCUCUGCAGUUGUAAUAAUAAUUUAGCUUGGAAAAAGCCAGGAGGAUCCUAGUUUUGAUGUCAGAAGGAUGAAGGUAGCCCAGUGCACUAAAGCUUCUGCUAUUUGUGGGGUUUGGAGAAAGAUGAUUUUGUCAAAUGCAUUUUCUA